UUACUUCAUGGGCGUGGCGGAUCUCCGUAUUGACUACCGUCGUCGCCGUGUCGUCUCUGUGGAGCUAUUCAAUUCAAUUGACGAGGUCCGAGAGCUGCUUGGCUGCUGGCUGCGGUUCAGUGUGUGGUUCGAUGCUAACAACCCAAAAUUUGACAACGACGCGCUGUGCAUAGCUCAGGAUUGGAGCGGAGCUGUUGCAUAAUUGAAAGUGGAAAGUACGGCAAAAUACACACACACGGAGAGAGCGCAUUGGAGUCUCCACUCGCGUUGCGUUGGGCCAUCGAUGAGGCGGAUACAAAGUCUUUGUGACAACGAAAAUUAAUUUAAAUGCUACGGCGGCAAUUGAAGAGGCAACAAUUAACAACGACAAUUGCAAGAACGAACAAACAAUACUCGUAAGAUAAAUAAAAGGGAGAAAGAUACAAUACAUAGAUAUAUAAAUAUAUGUAUGUACAUAUGUCAGCUAUAUAUCAAUUUCGUGCUCCUGCAACAGAAUGAAGAAUCGCCAGUGGCAGCGCCGAAUAUCUCUCAAUGAAUGCUACAACAAGCACAGCCACCACCACCGCAUUGAUGUACAAAAAUCUACCAAUACAAAAGAACCCAAUCAAGUCAAUUUAAAUUCAUCGUCAAAGCUGUCGUCGAGAGCGGCCACGACGACCUUACUGGAGGCUGCUCCAGCUACUUCUCUGUUUGUUUCCCAGAUAACAGCAGCCACAACAGCAGAACAACAAGAGCAACAACGUCUGCAGCUGAUUAUGUCGCCUACAAUCAUGACGAGCGAUUUUUCAACAUACGUAAAAAUGCGAAAAUCCAAAUCCACGCCAAGUCUCCUACUCGAGGAGGAGCCGCCGGCCAUUGUCUGGCGUCGUCACAUCAUCACCCAGCCAAAAACCACUACCACGGAGGCUAACCAAAGUGUCAUUACACGCUUCACCAACAGCAGCAGCAGCAACAAUAACAGCAGCAAUCGCGACAGCAACAGUAAUACCACGAGUAGUUGCAACAACAAGUGCAUCAAUGCGACGCCAACAACACCGGAGUCAUUGCGCUUUGGAUGUGCACACUAUAAGCGGCGCGCCAUGUUUGUGACACCCUGCUGCAAUAAGUUCUACAAGUGCCGCUUCUGCCACGAUGAGAACGAGACGCAUCAUUUCGAUCGGAAGACACUCACAGAACUCAUCUGCUCCGAGUGCAACACGCGGCAAACAGUGCGUGAGCAAUGCGAGAAUUGUGGCGUCAGAUUUGGCAAGUAUACUUGCCUUAUAUGUAAUCUAUUUGAUGAUGCAGACAAGCAGCAAUAUCAUUGCCAUGGAUGCGGCAUCUGUCGCAUUGGCGGCGCUGACAAUUUCUUUCACUGCGAAGUCUGCAACAUGUGUCUGCCCAUUCAGCUGAAGAUCGAUGGCCAUCGGUGCGUGGAGAACAUCUCUCGGUCGCAUUGUCCUGUUUGUUUGGGCGACAUUCACACCUCGCGCAUCCCUUGCCACAUUCCCGACUGCGGCCACUUGUUGCACAAGAUGUGCUUCGAUCAAUUGCUGGCCUCCGGCCACUACACCUGCCCUACCUGCCAGACCUCGCUGAUCGAUAUGACGGCGCUGUGGGAGUACCUAGACGAUCAGGCCCAGCGCAUUCCGGUAACCCUCAAGUAUGAGAAUCAGCGAGUACACAUAUUUUGCAAUGAUUGUCACAAGACUUCCAAAACAAAAUUCCAUUUCAUUGGACUUAAGUGUGUGCAUUGCGGUGCGUAUAACACCACGCAGGAUGUUAAACGUCGCCUCUCUCUGGUCACCGAUGAGCCAUCCUCGGCAUGAUGUCCUUCAGCAGUAUUCCAAUACGCAACAAACAGCAACAGGAAAUCUCUUGCCAUGUCCACAUGCCUCCUCCUCCCCCAUCCCAUAUUCGAACUUGCUAAAUUGCUAAUACACAUAAACUGAAAUCGUAACGCAUUGAAUUUAGACCAAAUUCGAGCUGGUAUCGAAUAUGAAACAAGCAACAAACACAAAA